UACGCACGAAGCAAGAGGCACGUCUUCACGGUUACUUCUGUCAUCUGUCUUAAGAAGACGAUGUCUUUGAGAGCCGGACUUCUUCUCCUGAUGGUGCUGAUUGCAUCUGCCUAUGAACUGGAUCAGAACGAGUCCUUUUCGCCCAGGAGAGCCCGCUUUUCUGCUAACAGCCCUUCAGAUGUGGCGCGCUGUCUCAACAGUGCCCUACAGGUCGGCUGUGGCGCCUUCGCCUGCUUAGAGAACUCCACAUGUGACACAGAUGGUAUGCAUGACAUCUGCAAGUCCUUUCUGUACAGUGCUGCUAAAUUUGACACUCAGGGAAAGGCAUUUGUGAAAGAGAGCCUUAAGUGCAUUGCCAAUGGCAUCACCUCGAAGGCAUUCCCCUCGAUCCGUCGCUGCUCCACCUUCCAAAGAAUGAUCUCCGAUGUCCAGGAGGAGUGCUACAGCAAGCUGGACAUCUGCGCUGUGGCCCGCUCCAACCCUGACGCUAUGGGUGAAGUGGCCCAGCUGCCAAGUCACUUUCCGAAUAGAUUUUAUGGAAAGCUCCUCCAGAGCCUGAUGGACUGUGAUGAGGACACCGUGGAGCGCGUUAGGACCAGCAUGGUAGCUCGUCUGGGCCCAGAGAUGAGCAUGCUUAUUCAGCUGCUGCAGAGCAAGCCCUGCCCGUCCACUGCUGUGGCCGCAGCUGCCGCCAUCCCCACUGGAGUAGAAGGCCGUGGGAGCUGGCGGUGGGCCAUGGGUCCCCAUAUGUAUAAGUUCCAACCUAAUCUGCGUAACAGAGACUCUGCCAGUCACUAUGGCAAAAAACGGUCUGUGGGUGAUUCCUAACUUCUCUUAGAAGAACUGCCUCCUGUGCAACCAUCAACAAGCUCCUGUCCAGGAGCUGCCAAACCCAUCCUCGGCUUUUCUGGACGUUUCUUGAAUAUGCAUCACUAGGUAAUGACCAUAAAGAGAUCAGAAUCUGAUAGUUCUACCCCACCCAAAUAUGUCCUCCUCAGUUAAUGUUAAACAUGUGGCUGUUAAACUUGUGCUAAUGCCUAUUUCUCAUUCAAGAAAUAACAGCCUAAUAUGUUGAUAUUUUCAUGUGUUAAAAGUGAAAAACUUCAUGAUUUGAACUUCUGUCCAUAAAAAAGACAUUUAUAGAUAAUAGAUUUAUUAUUCAUUGAUAGUAACUCAAUUUAGUGUUAGGUUGAUCUAAUAUUUCAGUGAUACGUUCUGUCAAUUGUGAGCAUGUGAAAAUGAAUUUCAUGUCAUUUUGAUGAUAACUUAAACCUUCUAGACUAAAUGUACUGUAAACUAUAUAAUCUUAGACAGCCAUUAGUAGCCCUCUAAAAGAGUGUGGUCUGUAUGUCUUUGAUGGCAACCUUUUAGGGGCUGCUUUAACUGACCAAAAACUUCAAACUGCCCUGAAUGCUAUUCAUAUAAUACCAAAAUCGUCAAUAGCUAUAGCACUUACAACUGUCUGUUUAUUCUGAUGCUAGAAGUAGCCAUGGUCAUGCGUUACAAAUCAAAAACUGCACACAUUGAUUGAUCGAGGCAUGGCCAAAUCUAUGCAUCAGGAAAAGUCAAUUUUGCAUAUGUUUAUCCAGGCACUUGUAAUGCGUAAGACUGUUGAGCUUUUUGCAUAAUAUGUUAGUUGUACUGAAUCUAUAUGUUUAUUGCAGUUGUGUAUAUGUGGUAGCUUGUUAGCAUGUUCACCAGUGAGAAUAGAGCAGCCAUUUCCUGGGACUGUUGACCAUCACUCUCUGUGGUGAAGCACAUAUACAUCAAGAUGAGGAAUGACUAUUUUAAAAGCCUUGUUAGGAUUAUAUUUAUUUUCCUACUAUAUUAUUUAAUGUCUGUUUAAUUUGUAUGCAUUAUUGUAGAUUAAUUUGGUUUACAGAUGCCAAAAAUAAGAGCUGACUUUCUGAUGACUGAAUGGGACCCAUGUCAUGACUCUGUGCUGGCCAUAGGGGAACACGGAUGGUCAUUCAAGUCAGUGAUCUACUUACAGGACCAUAACUAAAGACAAUGCUACUUAAUUACACUAAUCAAAAAGCAUCAGGACUGCAUCUUUGCAAUGUGCACAGUCUCAUCAGUAAAUGACCACACAAUGCAAACACCAGCAUCAGAUUUAGUUAGUUAAGUAAUGGUUUGGAAGCACUUCAGUCAGGGAAAAUAAGUAUUUCUCAAAAUUUGUUGUUUUUGUUCAUCUGCCUAUAUGGUUUCAAUGGGUGUUUUAGGCCACCAGAUCAUCCUGUGCAAAAACCUAAAUUAAAAUUAAUUGAAAGAGUUCAAAUGGCGGAGAAGGACUGGAUGCUGUGACCAUGAAAGGGAAUGAAUAAAAAAAAGAAAAAGAAAAAGAAAAAAGAAAACAUUUUCAACAUUUGAGACAAUCAUUAAAAGAGCAAAGUCACAGAACUGGUAAUGAUGCUGGUGUUUAUUUUACACAUUUGGGGAUUGGCCUUAGCUAUUUAUCUGAUGUGAUGUUGCACAAAUAAUGUGAUACUGAAUAGUUCAAAUUCAUUUGAUAUAUUACAUACAAUGUAAUGGGCCUGAAAAUGAUCUUCUGGGAAAAGUAAGUUGACUUACUGUCAUGUUAUGGCCAGGAAAAAAGACUGUUUCUCUCAGUAUCUAUAGCUAUGUUAAGAAUUCCAAACUAUGCAAUAAUCUCACAUACAAGGAUCACAGUGACACAGAAAUGAAUCUUUCCUUUGUCCAUUGCCAGCUGAUGCUGUGUUUCCGGUAUACCCUGAAAGCUUUUCAUUUUCUGCUGAUUCUCCCAAAUGUUUCUUUUCUGCUUUGCCUCAUUUGAGUGAAAAAAAGAUAACUAUGGAGGAGGUUUGAAGACAUGAGCUCCAGUGACACUGUUGUGUGUUUAGCUUAUAUUUUUGUUAAAUAUGCACUUUGCAUCUUAACCACUAUAAAGGGCAUUUAUUCAUGGAGUGCAUGUGCAAUUCAAGCCUGUUUUAUUUUGGCAGUGAAUGGAAAUCCAUUGGUAUAUCUUGCAUCCUGAAGGGUCAUGGCAGACUUAUCCAUGUUUGUAUGGGAUAGUCCAUGGGACACUCCAAAGCCCAUUAGCUGCUGCUAAGUGUUACUUCUGUGUGAUGUUAUGGAUGUCCUUCUGCUGUGGCCACACAGUAAUCUCAGAAACCAGUCCACAUCGUGCUUGGGAACAUUUAAUGUCUACUCAUGUUUUUAUUUAUUUUCUAUAUGCAUUCCUUGUAACAAGCAUAUUUUGGCUAGGGCAAAUUGACUGUUUCUCCACUAAGACAACUGUAACAGAUUCUCAGAGAAUGUAUUUGUAAAUGAAUGUCUGUCUAUGAUGAAAGCAUGCCCAGGUUUACUGACCAUGAAGGAAAUUAGGCAAAAACACAAACUGGAACAAAGAGUUUACUUUGUUACUGUUGUAGAUAAGUGGUACAGGAUUGUUAAAUUGCCCCCAUGGUGACUUGGUGAAACCAGUUAAAAACACUUCUGGCACUUAUGGUACUCUCUCCUCUCAAGACUUGAAAUAGAUAAAUGUUGUGCUUAAACUAAAUCAAAGCUUCGGUGACUAGUAAAGUUUAUUUUGUAUUCAUAUGAAUAUAUAUAAAUCUAUAUAUUAUAAGUGAGUUAUUUUAUUAUGAAGCUUUUCAGGAGAUCACAGAUGUUCCUGAUACAGAUGCUAUGUAACGCAUGAUUGACCCUUGUGAAUCACUUGCACUUUAAUAUAUGCCCAUAGACAUAUAUACCCAUACUGUGUAUAUGUUGGGGUUUUCUCUGUACU